UAGGAGGUUUGAGUAGUUUUGUUUGGUCAAGAGUCGAAUAACUGUUUAAAUAUUACAUACAUGGAAAAGCGUAUUUCAAGAGAAUACACUGCUUUUACACAAUUCAAUGUUGCAGGCUUUACAACGCACUAUAUCUUUAGCCCAAACAUUGCCUUAAUACCAAAAAUUGCAAUGAUAAAGUCCAGGUGUUUUUGCUAUGACUGCUCAUGAGAAAUGUCUCUUGUUCUUCUAGUUUCCCUAAAAAUCAGACCGAUGGAGCUUUAAUGUGGAGCUGGAGAGACAUCACUUCCGGUUUCAUCCCGGGUCGCUGGGGGUGCCUUGACGCAGCUGGUUUCCUUCUGGCUUCGUGGCUCAUUGAAUUGGUUUGCUAACGUUUAUUUGUCGAUAACGGUAAAAUGCACCGGGGCGACAUGUCGUAUUUAUUAGCCACGUUUGCAGCCGCUCUGCUGCUCAGCUCGGGGACUUUUGGGAAGACGGUGACGGGGACGUUCAAGAGCGACGUCGCGAGGCAGCAGAAUGGCCAGUUCAUCACUAAAUUCAUGUACCAAGGUGACAGUGGUCUGCUGGUGUGCAGGCUGGACAACUCUGCUCUGGCUACAGAGAAGGAGUCCAGGUUGCUGCUGUAUCAGGACAUGGACUCGGACCUGGACAACCUCAGCUGCUCCGAGAGGCUCGCUAGAGCUCAUUUCACCAUUUCUCUCAGUCAGGAGGAACACAACCAGACAAUCCCUCGCCAGUCCUCGCCCACAGCCUGGCAGGCCCUGUAUGCUGACAGAUACACAUGUCAGGAAAGCGCAGUGAUUCCUUCUCACGCUGAUCUGAGUUUUACUGUCCUGCUGUUGAACGCCGACUCAGCUGGGAAUCCUCUGGAACACUUCAGUGCGGAGGAGGCAGGUCUGCAAAGUUUUUACUUCCUCCUGCUGCUGGCCUACUUCAUAGCCUGCUGCAUCUACAUCCAGCCUCUGUACCAGGCUCUGAGGAAAGGAGGACCCAUGCACACAGUCCUCAAAGUGCUCACCACAGCACUGGCAUUACAGGGCUGCUCGGCUCUCUGCAACUACAUCCACCUGGCCAGGUAUUCCAGAGAUGGUGUUGGUAUUCCGCUGAUGGGCAGCCUGGCAGAGUUCUGGGAUAUGGUGUCCCAGGUGUCCAUGCUGUACAUGUUGCUGAGUCUGUGUAUGGGCUGGACUCUGAGCCGAGGCAGGAAGCCUCAGUCCAGACCUCUGCAGUGGGAGCAGUCUCCGGCAUCCACGGCUGUCGCUGUCGGUGGAGUCGUUACACAGGGGGUGUUGCUGCUGUGGGAGCAGUAUUCCGAAUCUGAGAGUGAGCAUCACAGCUACCACACCCAGCAGAGUCUGGCAGGGCUCCUCCUCAUGGCUCUGAGGGUGGUCAUGGCUCUCCUGCUGGCCUCUAUCCUCUACCAGAUCAUCUCCACCGAGAGGAGCACCCUGAAGAGAGACUUCUACCUGUGCUUCGCCAAGGGAUGCUUCCUGUGGUUCCUCUGCCACCCGGUCCUCUUUCUCAUGUCUGUUAUCUUCAACGAGCACCAGAGAGAGAAGGUGGUGACCAUCGGUGUGAUCCUCUGCCAGUCCAUCUCCAUGGUGAUCCUCUACCAGCUCUUCCUGUCUCGCUCUCUGUACUGGGAGGUCUCCUCUCUCUCCUCCGUGUCUCUGCCGCUCACCAUGUCCAAGUCGAACAGCAGGGGGCGCUACUGAGCACAUCCUCUGUCAUGACUGAUCAGCAUGACUAAUGGAGAACCUCCCUUCGCCUCCCACUUAUUUAGAGGGGGACCUCCUGGGCAUGAAGAAGAAGCAGAGAAGCUAAGAACUGCUGUGACUUUACCACCUCUCUUCUGCUGGGACUGUGUCCUGGGAGGAUAGAUAUAGCCACUAGUAAGCAGGGAACUACAGCAGGGGUCACAGAAUGACCAGGGGAAGAUAUUUAAAGCAACACCCUACCUCUAGUUACAGACGGAACCAACAUAACUUAGCAGGAGGAGCGAUAUUAAAUGCAGGACAACUUAGAGGAUGGAAACAAGGUAUUCACAUGGUUUCUUCAUGACAUGCUGGACUCACAGCCAAAACACAAGCAUGAUAAAGACAGACCAUCAACAUUUAAGGAUGCUUUUGCUGGUGAGCUACUUGUAAGGGAUGAAUAUGAAGAAAGGACUGAUUGGAAACUUACCACUGCAGCAGGCCAGAGGUACACAUGGAUGUUUGUACCUCAAGGACACGACCUAAGAUCAGCACACCUGAGAGGUUUAUGGCGUCCGUGGAAACUUCUCUGCGAGGACACAAAUGUGUUUGAGAUCUUGGCUUUCAUAACCACACGAUGGAAAUCAUUUUAUCCCUCUCGUUAAACAAAUCGUUAAUCAAAUUGUGAAAGAGAAGAAGAAAGAAACAAGACCUAACAAAUCAGUGAAGGAACGUGUGAACAUGUUCUUUCUCUCAUCUUGCAAAUACAGCAGCCUUAAGAUUCACACUGUGACGCUCUGCCUACCUCAUGUCACAGAACAUAGGUAAACUUAAAACUGCUGAGACUGAAAAUUAACUAUUUCUCCGGGAUAAAGCAAAACAUUGUAGAAUGUCUUUAAUUUAUUAACACAGUAAACCACAAGAAUUCAGCUGUGUUUCCCAUCCAGCAUGAACAGCAUAUUUACAUGUAUUAUAUGUACUUGUGUGUUUAUACUUCAUGUUUUGCUUUUAGAUGGGUCACUGGAUGGCCUUGACUUAGCCUCGCCCUCUACACUUUAGGAAUGUUUCAGUCUUUUCAUGGGAAUUAUGUCCAGAAAGAAAACAGAAUAAUACAUGCGUGCAUCAGUGGAUCAGAAUGUUGUCAGAUGGAGAUAUCACUCUGCAGAAACAGAUGGAGGGGCAGAGGAAGUUGGAUGGAUUUCAGUGAUUGAUGGACAUAUACAUGUGAGGAUGGAUGUACAGAAGAAUGGACACGUGGAAGGAUGGAUAAAACCUGGACAGCUGGUUAAAGUACGUGGUCGGCCAGACGGACAUCGAAGUGGACAGCUAAAUAAGAAGGGCUGGUGGACUUUGCAUAUCCAAAAUGAUGAAUGUGGGCCAAAGAUGUGUGUGAUCCCCGUACACCCCAGAUCAGGCUGUACUUAUUUUUUUAUGUCUAAUUUUCCCGUCGCCAUGAACCAAGAGCUGACAGCAUGUAUGUACCUAGCUGCAUGACUCGCCAUUUCUUUUUUUUUUUUUUCAAACUUCAUUUUCCAUGCAUUGCACUAUGAAGUGAAGCCCCUGUGUGAAUUGGGGGGGGUAAAACAUGGACGCUAUUGACACAGAGCAGGAGAAACCAAAGUCUACCAACAGGCCACAGUCACGGACAAUUGUGGUGAGUCCCACUGUGCACGGACAACAUUAUGAAAUUCCCAAGCCCACACUUUUGCUUUCUCCAGUCAUCAGUCACUUCCUGUGAGUGCGGCUCAUUAAAACACACACUUCACGAGUGUGCCCAGUGGGAACAGGCCUGCAGUUUUAUUUAGGACGUUAACACAUUUAACACGGUGGAAGAAAUAAAUCUACUCAACUGAGUAGCUGACAUGGAGAGUCGACAUAUUUAUUCAUUGUGUAUUUAUUUGGAAAGCAGCAUAUUAUAAAGAAUCUACAUCUGUCACUGCAGUUUCAUGUUUGAUUUCAGUGUUUUAUUGAACUCCGUCUAUCCCUUCAGGUAGCAGAGAUUCGUAGGUGGGGUCGACGAGGUGACCGAGUUAUCAGGCGAUGGUGUUUACAUGUCUGUUACGUAGGCAGUUGCUAACAAGUAGCUAUAUGAGACAUUAAAUGUCAUCAAGCCAAACAAGGAGACUCAUUAGCCAUCACAAGUCUGCCUCAACAGGUGGACUUUGAU